AUGCGGCAGCUCCUGCAAGUCCACGCUCGCCUCAUCACCGACCCCCCUCCCCCCACCGUCGACACCAACCUCGUCGCCGUCAAGCUCAUCUCCGCCUCCGCCGCCCGCGCCAAUCCCCGCUACGCCGCCCUCGUCUUCUCCCUCCUCCCCGCCCCAAACCUAUUCGCGUGGAAUUCCCUCCUCCGCACCCUCGCCCUCCACCACCUCUGGCCCCUCGCCCUGCGCUACUUCAACCUCCUCCUCGCCGCCCGCCGCCCCCUCCCUGACGAGUUCACCUUCACCUCCGUCCUCAAGGCCUGUGCGGGCCUCGCCGCUGUCCCCGACGGCGAGAUGUCUCACGCCCUCGUCCUCAAGAGAGGCCUCGAUGCCAACCUCUUCGUCCGCAACUCCCUCGUCGACAUGUACUUCAAAUUCGGCUGCCCCGCUGUCGCUCGACGCCUGUUCGACGGAAUGCCUGUGAGGGACGUCGUCUCGUGGAACACUCUGAUCUCUGGCUACUCCUCCUGCGGCGAUAUCACCGCCGCGAGAGAGGUGUUCGAUCGGAUGCCCGAGAGGAGCAUGGUCUCCUGGUCCGCCAUGAUAGCGGGUCAUGCCCGGUCUGGUGAUGUGGCCACUGCCCGUGAGCUCUUCGAUCAGAUGCCAGAAAGGAAUGUUGUCUGCUGGAAUGCCAUGAUUGCCGGGUGCGCGCAGAAUGAGAAGUUCUUGGACUCCAUCGAGCUUUUCCGCAAGAUGCUGCAGUCAGGUUGUGCGCUGCCUAACGACGUCACCCUUGUGAGCGUUCUCUCGGCCUGCGCCCACCUGGGUGCCCUCGAUUUGGGAAUGUGGAUCGACGGCUUCAUCAAGCGGAGGUCGAUGGAGCUUAGCCUCUUCCUGGGGAAUGCUCUUUCAGACAUGUACGCGAAGUGCGGUUGCAUUGGUGAGGCCAGGAGAGUAUUCGAGAGGAUGAAAGAGAGGGAUGUGAUCUCGUGGAGUAUAAUAAUUUGUGGGUCAGCCAUGCACGGCCAUGCAGAGGAGGCAAUCUCUGGAUUCCAUGAAAUGCUACAACGUGGGAUAAAACCGAAUGAUAUCACUUUCAUGGGCAUCUUAUCAGCCUGCACUCAUGCUGGUCUGGUGGAUGACGGGCUGAAAUAUUUCAACAGGAUGAGUUACGAGUUUGGGAUCGAUCCAAAAGUCGAGCACUAUGGGUGUGUGGUGGAUCUUCUCAGCCGUGCCGGCCGGCUUGAUGAAGCUGAGAACUUGAUCAAUUCAAUGCAGGUGCCACCCAAUGUUAUAGUAUGGGGUGCAUUGCUCGGUGGUUGUCGGAUCUAUGGCGAUAUAUGUCGAGGGGAGCGAGUAGUUCAUCAUAUACUUGAGUUAGAUCCUGGACACUCUGGUAGCUAUGUUUAUCUGGCGCACGUCUAUUCUUCAAUUGGUAGGCUGGAGGAUGCAGCAAGAUGUCGACUAAGGAUGAGAGAGAAACAGGUGGCGAAGAUGCCUGGUUGCAGUUGGAUUGAGGUAGAUAGCACAGUCCAUGAAUUCUUUAUGGGGGAUCGGUCUCAUCCCCAGUCUGAAAAAAUUUAUUCCAUGAUCGGUGCAUUGAGUUUGAGGAUGAAGCUGGCUGGGUAUGUCCCGGACACAACUGUUGUGUCUCAGAGUAUUGAUGAGGAAGAAAAGGAGGAUGCACUCUCAAUGCACAGUGAGAAGUUGGCUGUUGCAUUUGGACUCAUCAGCACCAAGGAGGGAGCCACGAUUCGGGUUGUGAAGAAUUUGCGAGUUUGCAACGAUUGUCAUGAAGCGAUGAAGUUUAUCUCAAAAAUUGUUGCGCGGGAGAUCGUCUUGCGUGAUCGCAGCCGCUUCCAUCAUUUCAGUGAGGGGAAGUGUUCCUGUAAAGACUAUUGGUGA